AUGAAGCCUGCAUUGAUCCUUUUCCUCUUAACUAUCCUCAUAUUCUCCAGAUGUGUGUCGUCCCAAGAACCUGAUGAUGAUUUCUUCAGCUAUCUCAAGUUUCCGAACGUCAGAAACAUUAGUGAGCGCUUUCAAACCAAUGCUACCGGUUUCGAUAUUUUGGAAGAUAUUCAAUGGCGGGAGGAGCCCAUGGAUCUUUCCGAUGACUCAGCUAAUCAUAGGCAUCCCAAGAACUUGAAAAAUUCAAAACCCACCGAACAAAUGAAUAUCGUCGUUUCGAUUGUUAUCACUGUUCUUCUCAUCCUCCUUCUCGUCAUCGUCGUCGUCCUUGGACCAUGUGUACUCCUGAUCAUUGUCUUGAUUCUGGCUGGACUGGCUUUUUAUGCAAUCCGAAAGAUUUUGAAAUAUUUGGAGGAUCGGAGAUUUCGGGCACCCAAUAGAGCUUCGACAUAUCCCAUGCAUGCGUGUCUCAGCGAAUCGAUAUCUCAACAUUUCAAAAAUCGAAUCAAUGGGAUUACUGUAGAAUUUCUAAACUUGGAAAUUAUUCUUCAAUUAUACCUUCUGAAUUUAAAUUCGGGAUUUCUAACAAUCAAUUUUCAAUCGGAUUCAAACCCCUCAUUUUAUUUUUUGGGUGGAGAAAAUUCGAGAAUUAUUUGGAAGAAUGAGAAUUUUCAAAGUUGUUUCUGGAAUUUAUUUGGAGCACUAUUAAUGGAUUUUGAAGGAUUUUUGGACAUUUUUGAGAUCAAAAAUUGGAUGAUUUCUGAUUUUCAAUUUUUGAGAAAUCUUCUGAAACAGCGAAAUAACAAACUUCAAGUCUACAACUUCUCCGUUACCAAUUUUGAUAAGGAUGGUUUGAAAUCAAUAUUACAAUUUUUGAAAAUCCAAAAAAUCAAAUCGGAUCAAAAAAUCGAUUUUGCUAAUUUCAUGCAAUCAGCAGAAAAGUCAAGAAAAAUUUUGGAAAAUCCAUUGAUAAUGAAGAAUGUUCUGGAAGAUUUGGAUUUUUUUGAAAUAGAAUGUCUUCGGAAAGUAUCCCAAAAUGUUCGAAGCUGCAUAGAAAUUGUGAAACCGGAUCCGAAAAUUCGAAAAAUUUCAUUGAAAUUCCAAGAUUCCAACUUCAUUCCAAUGGACAUUUGCUCAAAAUUUUUGGAAAAUUUAUCAAUUUUUUAUCAAAAAACUUGGGAUGGGUAUUCUGUGAAUCGAACAUCUUUCGAUGGCCCAUGUGAUCUUUCAAAAAUAUUUUUAUCCGAUUUUGAGCAAAUUUUGAAAAACCAGAGAGUUCCAAUUGAAUUAUUGGAUAUUCAAGGAUCAAAUGAGCAAUUUAUGGAUAUUGUUUUGGGUAAUUGCUCUUCAAAAUUUUUCGGUCGAGUUCAAGUCCAAAAUCUGAGUCUUCAAAGGUUAACUGAUUGUCAAGUUUUCCAAAUUUUACAAUUCAUUGAUUCAAAAUUUCUGGAAACUAUAACAAUCAUGGAUGCUGUGAAAUCGUUUAAUCUUGAUGAUUUUUCAAAAUUGGAUCAAUGGAAAAUGGCAAAACAAUUAACUAUCGAAGGAUUCUCUAUUUCAACGCCAAUUCAGAAUUUGGACAUUUUCAAUUUUUCAAAAAUGGAUAUUAAAGUCUCGGAUAUAUCUAUGGAAGAUAUAAUACAUUUGAAAGCGAAGUUCUUGGAAUCCGCAACAGUGAUAAAGCUGAAAAUCAAUUUUGAGAGAUUCACAAAUUCUGAAAAUAUUCAAAAUUUUCUGGGACGUCCUUAUUCUCAAAAACCACACAAUUCAAUUUGGUUCAUUCGAAUUCCCGAUUCUCAAAAAUGUCUUCAUUUGAAUUAUGUCAUUUCCCGAUUUUUUAUUUUCACCCGCUUCAAUGCUUCAUGUAUUCCAGAGGAUGCUUUUCCUGAUCAACUUGAAUAUCAGAUAUGA